UCAGCCCACCCUUGUUGUAGACCGGGGGAGAGGAUACUUUUUCAGCCUGAGGGCAACUCCCCAGGGGCCACAUGCCAGCGGUAGGCAAGGCCAGAGGCAAAUCAGGCAGAGGGAAUGUGACCUUUGUGCAAGAAGCUAGCUUCUCCACACUCACAUAUCCGCUGCCUGGGGAAGCAAGAGGCGCGAGCAAAGAGGUGUUCCAGCCAAGCUCAAACACUCAAGGAGUGGGCAUCACAGGGCUGAAACGUGGAGAACUGAAGCUUGGAAAAAUGAGUAACUGGCACAGACAAGAAUCUGUGAUUCUUCCAUCUCUUGCUCAGCUGAGCUCCAAUGAGUCACCAUCCCCCGGCGAGAUCCCUGGUCAAGAGGAAAAAGGCAAAUCUGGGAGCGCUAAGAAGGUGGUGGAAGCUGAAGAAGAGGAAGUUGACAUUGACCUGAACGCCCCCGAGACGGAGAAGGCCGCCCUGGCCAUCCAGGGGAAGUUCCGACGCUUCCAGAAACGGAAAAAGGACCCCAGCUCCUGAGCGGCUGUGGCCCCAAACCCACCCCUCUCUCUCCACUCUACUCUCUCCUGUUUUCCUUGCCCCCAUUGCUGCUCUGUGCAGCCUGCCGCACCCCCAUAUCAUCUAUCCCUAUCCCUGUUAGGUGGGGUGCCUCCAGGGAUUCACUGUAUCGAUUUAGUUUUGCCCCUACUGUGAUACAUUCAGAGCAGGGGUGGGGCUUGUGGGCCCUCUCCAGAGUUGGGGAGAUGGAUAAUGAAAGACAGGGGGCUUCCCCAAAGCUCAUGCGCUGCCCCAUCACCACCACACAACCACCCAGGAGGGGGUCUCCUCCCUCUCCAACAGCCAUGAUCAAACAUUGUAGCAAAUGUCCCCUCUGCCACAAGCCAUUGAGAAAGCGCUUGCUGGACGGAGGGAACAGAAACAGCCAUUACUAGCUUUGUUAUAUUUUAAUGCAUUGGGGGGGGGGAGAAUGUCUGCACUUUGAAAAAUGGGUCUAGUGCCCAGUUGGGAUCUAAUGGGUGGUAUUCAAUGCUAGUCCUAGAUGCAUGGAAGUUAGCACAACUAAUGGAGGUUCGUUCAUUUCAGUGGCUCUGCUCGGAGUAGGGCUUUUCUUCUUUCCGUUGCCCAGAUCUUUUCUACUCGGCAGCAACUAAAACGGAAAGCCUUACAGCUGCUGUCUCCACAGAAAGAUCUAUAUAGGCACAUCUGGUGACAGGGAAGCCGUUCCCAUUAGAAAUAGCAAAUUCAAAAGCCACCCUGUGAACAUUCGCAGGGGAAUAGGAAAAAGAAAAAAGUUGUUUAUGGGUUUUGAACUCCGAAACGCUGAAUGCCAUGCUGUGAAAUCCAAAACACUUCCAGACUAAACGCCGCCAUCGAGAGAGCACCCACAAGUUUCCCUUACAUGCAAAAUGCACCUUCUGUGACGCCCUUAAAGAGCGAUUGUUCCAAUGGCAAAUCAUUGAUUCUGAAUGGGCCAAACUUGUCAGAUUUUAUAUUAUUAUUAUUAUUUAUUAUAUCCCACCUGUUCCUCCAAGGAGUUCAAGGUGGCAUACAUAUUUCUCUUCCCCCUCCAUUUGAUCCUCACAACAACCCUGUGAGGUAGGUUAGGCUGAGAGACUAUGACUGCACACUUAACUGCUGUUUUGCCGAAGUAACAGCAUGAAUGUGGCUGCAGCCUGGGACCUUUGAAUGAAUAGCUAAUUUAUCAGGCUAGGAGCUUUCAUAAGCCAGAGGUGGCUUAAACAGGAGCGCCUAACAUUUAGGCCCCCUCUGCAGUAUCAUACCACUUUAAACAGUCAUGGCUUUCCCGGCAAAAUCCUGGGAAGUGCAGUUUCUUCAGUGUGCAGAGAGUUGUUAGGAGACCCCCUAUUCCCCUCACAGAGCUACAGUUCUCACAGUUCCCUGGGCAGAGGGGUUGAUUGUUAAACCACUCUGUUUAAACAGAUUGUUAAACUAAUCUGUUUCAAAUGUAUAGUGCAGCUAGGACCUUACUUUUGCCCUCUUACACACAGAUCUGGAAAAAUCAGUCUGAGCUAGUAACCUCGUUCCAUAGUCACAAUCAUGAACACCAGUAAAUGUGUGUUCAAGGAGUCUGCAUGUGUGUGUGUGUGAGUGCGCAGGGGGGAACAUCCAGUCUUAUCACCUCCAUUGUGAAUUAACAUGAGGAAGGAUGACUGAUUUUGCACUAAGUGCAAAAAUACAUGCCCAAAGUCCAAAUAAACUUUCCAUCUGAUUCUCAUCACUCAUUAAGCUCAUCGAGGAAGGCCCUCAUUCCACCCAGAACAUAUUUUUCUGAUUAAGAUAUACUUUGCUGCAAGUUGGUUGAUGUUUGAAUUACCCUAACCUGCAGCUGAUCUUUUGCAUACUGUAUCUUAUGUUCCAGAUUAAGCUCUUACGGAAUGCCUGAUCAUGCAAGCUUAGAGACACAUGACAAAUGCAUUUCUUCGUUCUUGGGAACAUUGCUGGGGGAGGGGAGACACAUCCUGGAUGCAUGAAACAAUUAUAGAUCUGAUCCCAUAAGGACGGGGAAAGGCUGAUCCUGAGAGAGGGGAGAAAAUUGAUUCAGUGCAUAUUUAAAGACCAAUCUAUCAAAUAUGCACUUUCUGAAACAAUACGAGAACCAAAACACAACCUUCCUUUGAAAUUUGCACUUAUCCAGAUCUUGCAAUGCAGUUCUCCAACCCAUGUUCACAAAAAACGCAUAUGUUAUGGGAAAGUGCGCAUAAAAAGGAGUAUAUAUGUGUGAAAUAGCAUACAAAAAACCCCAUUGUGUUAGGGGAAAUUGCUUGCAAGAAUGUCUAUUAGUCAAAAUUGCGUGCAAAAAUAUGUUUAUUAAGAGAAGUUCACACUAACACGCUAAUAAAAUUUAACUAGGAUUUUUUUUAAAAAGCAAAUUGCUGCAGAAACAUGGAGCACUGAAUUUAAGAUUGGAGAAACGAGGGACUGAGAAAACUGAAACUGACAAAUCAGCCCAUCCUUAGGCUUUGCCAACCUUAAAUCCCAAAGGGUCUCCUUUUCCUCUUAUCAAGCUCAGCCCAUCCUACAGCCCAACAGCAAGGCCCCUGCAUCCCACCAAUGGGAAAGGACUGCCCUUCACAAGUUCUGCACUCUGAUCCAGAGCUGUUGAGCCAGAAUCUGCGCCGAAGGUGACCACCACACACCUCCGGGCACUGGCACACCACGCCACCUUCCACCCUGGUUGCAGAGUAGAUCCACAGCGUCAUCAGCAAAUGGCAAACAGCAUCAUCACCAUGGGGCAUUGACAAAGCUGCUUUGAGGACUGACUCUUUUAGCAUGUUAAUAAAAUA